UUUGCUUCUUUCUUGCGCCCCUUCCUCCGGCUCUGGAUCCGCGGCCGCCCAAACAACCGAACUCACACCGAAUCUGAGCUCAUCUCCGGCGGACGCAGCAGCGGUUCUGGUCCGGACGGUUCUCCUGCACGUCAGCGGCUCCACAUUUCUUCCACAUUGGAGCCGUCUUCCGCCGACAUCGAGCGACGAGGUGCUGCCGAUCCCAGGCCUCCAGUCCAGGGCGGAGGGAGGGAAGGAGGUCGCUGGGAAUCGGGAUGGAGAGCACCGAGGCUGCGGGCGGGUCUGGACCGGACGGACCGGAGCUCCGGUUUGGCUGCGCCUCCUUCAACCAAGACUCCACGUCUCUGGCUCUGGGAACAAGGACCGGCUAUAAGCUGUUUUCUCUGACCACGGUGGAAAAACUGGACUGCAUCCAUGAGAGUGCAGAGACUCCAGAUGUCUACAUCGUGGAGCGCCUGUUCUCCAGCAGUCUGGUUGUCGUGGUGAGCACCGCCAUGCCACAGCGCAUGAACAUCUACCACUUCAAGAAGGGGACGGAGAUCUGCAACUACAGCUACCCCGACAACAUCCUCGCCGUCAAGCUCAACAGACAGAGACUAGUGGUGUGCCUUGAAGAGUCCAUUUAUAUCCACAACAUCAAAGACAUGAAGCUGCUCAAGACUCUGCUCAACACUCCGUCCAACCCCUCAGGUCUCUGUGCUCUUUCCAUCACUCAUUCCAACUCCUACCUGGCGUAUCCGGGCAGCUCCAGCACCGGGGAGGUCGUAGUGUACGACGCCAUCGGUUUGAACACUGUCACUGUGAUCCCGGCUCACGACAGUCCUCUAGCAGCUCUCUCCUUCAACGCCUCGGCCACCAAGCUUGCCAGCGCCUCAGAGAGGGGCACCGUCAUCCGAGUCUUCUCUGUUCCUGAAGGAUUACGUCUGUUCGAAUUCCGCCGAGGCAUGAAGAGGUAUGUCAGUAUCAGCUCUUUGUGCUUCAGCCCCGAUGGUCAGUAUCUGUGCGCUUCCAGCAACACAGAGACAGUUCAUAUCUUUAAACUGGAACAACUGGGACCAAGUGGAGAGGACGAAGCUGCCACCUGGACAGCAUACGUGGGGAAGAUGUUCUCAGCAGCCUCCAACUAUCUACCUGCUCAGGUGUCCGGCAUGAUGAGCCAGGACCGGGCGUUCGCCACCGUCCACCUCCUGUCAGCCGCCCAGAGGAACGUCUGCACUCUGGCUGUGAUCCAGAAGCUUCCACGGCUGCUGGUGGCCACAGCCGAGGGCCAGCUGUUCAUCUACAACGUGGAUCCGCUUCACGGAGGCGAGUGCAUGCUGGCUUUCAAACACAGGCUCUUUGGAGCCGACGACGACGAGCAGAGCGAAGGAGCAGAGCCUGAAAGGUCGGAGGUCACGGCUCAGUCAUGUCCAUCCUACGCUCAAACCGCUGCUUUACCACCGUCUGCUCCUGUUACUGCAACCCUCACUGGUCAGUGUCUGUGAAGUUCAGCUCGUACAGAUGUGGGAGUUCCUGAACAGCUGUUUGUAGCACACAACAGAUUCAUGUGUGUAGCAGAUCAAAGACAGACAUGGCAGCAUAUAGGGGAGUC